AUGCGAAGUUUGCUAGGUGUGUUAGCUGCCUUGCUGACCACGGCCUUGGCCCAAGAGGCUGUUCCCGUGCAACAGUUACAGGCUUGUGACCCACUUCGUGCAAAUCCAAACCUGACCCCGAGAAGCGGUUUUGAUAUUACCUACUAUGAUUACCCGUGGUUAAGCUACAGCGACCGAGUUAAUCGCGGUGUGCCAGAUAGGACUACGUACCUCAGCGACCCUUAUCUUCGUGGAGGAUACGCAAAUUACCAGCGGCUAGGGAGCUCUACCGGUGUGACGAACUUGACGUUCAUCAACGAAUUUGGCCUCGGCAGAGGACGUGAGAGAGUUCGCGGCAACUUGCCUCCCAACUAUAACUUCCCGGACGAGAUCAACAUUUCAAACUUCGCGUAUGUUGGAACUGGUUACUUCCGUGCGGACCAGGAUGGUUCGUACAACUUCACGUUAGACUUUGUUGACGACUACGCUGCAAUCACGGUUGGUGGUGGCAGAGCUUUUACCUGCUGCAGAGAGGAAUCAACAGUAACCAGCCCUUCGGAUUUCCAAAUCAGUGCAGUCUGGUCGAGAGAAGCCCCAGCUGGGCGUGCGUGGACCGUGGUGAACUUACAGCGGGGCGCGUACUAUCCACUCCGUGUGUUCUACGUGAACACCAACAACUGGGCCGGUAUCCGUUUUACGUUUACGGACCCAAGUGGUGUUCACCAUGAGGACUUCCAGAAUCACAUCUUCCAUUUUGACGACCAGCCAAACGAAUGCCCGGAAAUAGUCGCGACAACGACUCAUCCAUACGAUGGAACGGAAACUGUGACAGCCUAUACCACACUAUCGACGUACACGAACAGCGACAACCAGCUCACAACUGGGAGAGUGGUUGUUAUCAACACCCCAUACCCUCGUGGCGAAACAACUACUACUAAUGGCUGGACUGGUUCCUACACAACUACACUAUCCACUGGUGUGGCAACUGUAACAGGUACUGACGGCUAUGGCACGAUCGAGACCAUCUAUCACGUCGUUACUCCAGAAGCGUCUGCUGUCACAACGACCACUAGCGGCUGGACAGGUACUCACACGACCACGCUCUCCACUGGACUCACCACCGUUACAGGGCCUGAUGGUAUUGCCACGACGGAAACUACCUACUACGUGGUGACUCCAGAGGCUCAGGCCGUCACGACGACUACAAGCGGCUGGACCGGAUCCUUCACUACAACGAUGUCUACAGGUGUCACUACUGUGACCGGUUCCGAUGGAAUUGCCACAACCGAGACGACCUACUACGUUGUGACACCUGAGGCGGAAGCCGUCACGACGACUACGAGCGGGUGGACAGGCUCUUACACCACGACGAUGUCCACGGGUGUCACUACUGUGACCGGUACCGAUGGAAUUGCCACGACGGAGACUACGUACUACGUCGUGACUCCCGAGGCUCAAGCCAUUACUGAGACCACCAGCGGCUGGAUGGGGACGUAUACUACCACGCUAUCCACCGGUGUCACUACUGUUACCGGCACCGAUGGGAUUGCCACGACAGAGACCACCUACUAUGUGGUGACUCCCGAAGCUCAUGCUAUUACGACUACCACUAGUGGCUGGACCGGUACCUAUAUGACUACACUCUCAACAGACGUUACCACUGUGACCGGUACUGAUGGUAUCGCAACCACCGAGACCAUCUACCACGUGGUGACCCCUGAGGGUGUCCUAACGGCAACUGUUACCAGCGGCUGGACUGGCUCCAUCACCACAACUCUGUCCACUGGUGUAACGACUGUUACCGGUACCGAUGGUAUCGCUACCACCGAGACGACUUAUUACGUGGUGACACCUGAAGCAGAGUUAGUGACGACGACAACCAGCGGUUGGGCAGGGACCUACACGACUACUUUCUCCACUGGAGUCACUACUGUGACUGGUCCUGACGGAAUCCCAACCCUAGAGACGACCUACUACGUUGUGACACCUGAGGCAGAAGCCGUCACGACGACUACUAGCGGCUGGACAGGAUCCUUCACGACGACGAUGUCUACAGGUGUCACUACUGUGACCGGUUCCGAUGGAAUUGCCACAACCGAGACGACCUACUACGUUGUGACACCUGAGGCGGAAGCCGUCACGACGACUACUAGCGGGUGGACAGGCUCUUACACCACGACGAUGUCCACGGGUGUUACGACGGUUACAGGUACCGAUGGAAUUGCCACGACGGAGACUACGUACUACGUUGUGACACCUGAGGCGGAAGCCAUCACGACGACUACGAGCGGGUGGACAGGCUCUUACACCACGACGAUGUCCACGGGUGUCACUACUGUGACCGGUACCGAUGGAAUUGCCACAACCGAGACGACCUACUACGUUGUGACACCUGAGGCGGAAGCCAUCACGACGACCAUGAGUGGCUGGACAGGCUCUUACACCACGACGAUGUCCACGGGUGUCACUACCGUAACUGGUACUGAUGGAAUUGUUACCACUGAAACUACCUACCACGUUGUGACUCCUGAAGCUCACGCCAUUACUGAGACCACCAGCGGCUGGAUGGGGACGUAUACUACCACGCUAUCCACUGAUGUCACUACUGUUACCGGCACCGAUGGGAUUGCCACCACUGAAACUACCUACUAUGUUGUGACUCCCGAGGCUCAUGCUAUCACGACUACCACUAGUGGCUGGACCGGUACCUAUAUGACUACACUCUCAACAGACGUUACCACUGUGACCGGUACCGAUGGAAUUGCUACCACCGAGACCAUCUACCACGUGGUGACCCCCGAGGGCCUCCUAACGGCAACUGUUACCAGCGGUUGGACUGGCUCCAUCACCACAACUCUGUCCACUGGCGUAACGACUGUUACCGGUACCGAUGGUAUCGCUACCACCGAGACGACUUAUUACGUGGUUACACCUGAAGCAGAGUUAGUGACGACGACGACCAGCGGUUGGGCAGGGACCUACACGACUACUUUCUCCACUGGAGUCACUACUGUGACUGGUCCUGACGGAAUCCCAACCCUAGAGACGACCUACUACGUUGUGACACCUGAGGCAGAAGCCGUCACGACGACUACUAGCGGCUGGACAGGAUCCUUCACUACGACGAUGUCUACAGGUGUCACUACUGUGACCGGUUCCGAUGGAAUUGCCACAACCGAGACGACCUACUACGUUGUGACACCUGAGGCAGAAGCCGUCACGACGACUACUAGCGGCUGGACAGGAUCCUUCACGACGACGAUGUCUACAGGUGUCACUACUGUGACCGGUUCCGAUGGAAUUGCCACAACCGAGACUACGUACUACGUCGUGACUCCCGAGGCUCAAGCCAUUACUGAGACCACCAGCGGCUGGAUGGGGACGUAUACUACCACGCUAUCCACUGAUGUCACUACUGUUACCGGCACCGAUGGGAUUGCCACCACUGAAACUACCUACUAUGUUGUGACUCCCGAAGCUCAUGCUAUUACGACUACCACUAGUGGCUGGACCGGUACCUAUAUGACUACACUCUCAACAGACGUUACCACUGUGACCGGUACCGAUGGAAUUGCUACCACCGAGACCAUCUACCACGUGGUGACCCCCGAGGGCCUCCUAACGGCAACUGUUACCAGCGGCUGGACUGGGUACUAUACCAGAACUCUGUCCACUGGUGUAACUACUGUUACCGGUACUGAUGGUAUCGCUACCACCGAGACAACUUACUACGUCGUCACCCCAGAGGCAAAUUACGUUACGACGACAACCAGCGGUUGGGCAGGAACCUACACAACGACUUACUCCACCGGAAUCACUACUGUGACUGGUUAUAACGGAAUUCCAACUAUAAAGUCAACUUACUAUGUGGUUACUCCGGAAGCGUCUGUCGUCACGACCACUGCCAGCGGAUGGAGACGUACGUACACCACAACGCGCUCCACCGGUAUCACUACUGUUACCGGCACCGAUGGAAUUGCUACCACUGAAACGACCUAUUAUGUGGUGACUCCCGAAGCUCAUGCAGUUACGACUACCACUAGUGGCUGGACUGGUACCUAUAAGACUACACUCUCAACCGACGUUACUACUGUGACCGGUACCAAUGGAAUUGCUACCACCGAGACCAUCUACCACGUUGUGACUCCUGAAGCUCACGCCAUUACUGAGACCACCAGCGGCUGGAUGGGGACGUAUACCACCACGCUAUCCACUGAUGUCACUACUAUUACCGGCACCGAUGGAAUUGCUACCACUGAAACUACCUACUAUGUUGUGACUCCCGAGGCUCAUGCUAUUACGACUACCACUAGUGGCUGGACCGGUACCUAUAUGACCACACUUUCGACCGACGUUACCACUGUGACCGGCACUGAUGGAAUUGCUACCACCGAGACCAUCUACCACGUGGUGACCCCUGAGGGUGUCCUAACGGCAACUGUUACCAGCGGCUGGACUGGCUCCAUCACCACAACUCUGUCCACUGGUGUAACGACUGUUACCGGUACCGAUGGUAUCGCUACCACCGAGACGACUUAUUACGUGGUGACACCUGAAGCAGAGUUAGUGACGACGACGACCAGCGGUUGGGCAGGGACCUACACGACUACUUACUCCACCGGAGUCACUACUGUGACUGGUCCUGACGGAAUCCCAACUGUAGAGUCAACUUACUAUGUGGUUACUCCGGAAGCAUCUGCUGUCACGACUGACGUCCAUGGGUGGACAGGCUCUUACACCACAACGCUCUCUACCGGGUUCACAACGUUUACCGGCACCGAUGGAAUUGCUACUACGGAAACCAGCUACUACGUCGUGACACCUGAGGCUCGGGCCGCUAGGAGGACCACUAGUGGCUGGACUGGUACCUAUAUGACUACACUCUCGACAGGUGUUGCUACUGUUACCGGUACCGAUGGUAUCGCAACCACCGAAACCACUUAUUACGUUGUGACUCCAAGUCCUGUAACAACGCCAGUAUCAAUUAGGUACAACACUACUACAGCCUGGCUAAACACGACCUUUACUGAAUCAACCACUGUCGUUGAGUCUGUGCCAACAACAGAGACAGUGUUAGUAACUACCACUGAUAUUCAUGGAGAAACUAGUGUUUCGACAAGUACUUUGACAACUACGCAUGUUGUACCAACUACUGCCUGGUGGAAUACCACUGUCGUUCGCCCUACAACGUUCUUGAACAUAACGUUAGUACCCACAACAGUUAUGAGUACAACGUCUGUACCUACUACUAAAACCGCGUGGGCCAACACUACGGCAACAAUUCGUGAAAAUGUUACUCGCUCAGAGGUUGAAACUGUUAUCACUACUGUUACUAAUACGCAAUCCAUCUCUACGGUCGCAUGGGCAAACUCCACUAUUACCGUCCAACCUACCACGAUUGUCAACCCUACAGAAAUGGUGACAUUGACGGAGACCAUAAACUACACCACGACAAAAUCUGAUGGCGAGAAAACAGUGGAGACUACUGUGGUGACCACAGAGGUCUUACCUACUACUGUGUGGAGGAAUUCUACGAUUUCAGCUGGUCCGACAACUGUUGUGACUGUUCCAGAGCCAGGUACAACUACGGAAACGUAUUACAUUACGAGCACUAGACCAGAUGGGCAAACUACCAUAGAGGCUACUACAACUGUCGUUACCAAGCACGUCGUACCUACUACAGUAUGGAUGAAUAGCACUAUUAGUCACUGUACUGAUUGUUCUACGGCUGUGAUACACCCUACUGAAUCAGUAACCAUGACGGAGACUCACUACAUCACUUCCACGGCUGUCAAUGGAUCAACGGCAGCGAAGACUGUGACUACUGUCGUUACUACUGUCGUUCCAGAAUCUACUGUAUGGUUGAGCACGACAGUGUGCGGUGACACCACUGCUAGUCACUGUACUGACUGUGUUACAACUGUGGUACACCCUACUGACUUGGUUACCACGACCGAGACUUACUACAUCACUUCUACAGCUGCUGACGGAUCAAAGGCAACGGAAACUGUGACGACUGUGGUUACUACCGUCGUUCCAGAAUCCACUGUUUGGUUAAGCACUACAGUUCGUGACCCAACUACUAUAGUGACCACAAAACAAGCUCCUACAGCUGCUUGGCAGAAUACUACAGUUCUAACUAGGUCAACAGAGGUAAUCACGACAACCGAGACACAGUUUGUAACCAAGACUGGCACCGAUGGUUCACCAACGAUUGAAACGACCGAAACUGUGAUAACCCGUGAUCCUUUAACAACCACGGCCUGGGUGACUACGACUAUUGACGGCAAAACUACCGUCGUUCCCCCACCACCAGAGCCUACUACUACGACUGAAACUAUUUUGCUCACAACAACCAACGCUAAAGGGGUAACGAUAGUAGAGACGACAACUAACGUUGUAACCAAAGAGGCAGAAUGUCCAACUUCGGGGAGGGAAACCACUGUUACGACGGCACCUGUAUUGACUAGUUUGACAGAGCAAGUAACAAUUACGGAAACUAUCUCUUACACUGUUACUGGUGACGAUGGUGUGAAAACAUUGGAGACCACUACCGUCCGUACUUCUACAGCGGUUAUCACAACAGAAAUACCCGGGCCAAAGCCACCGGUACCAACAGGUCCAGGGCCUGAAAUUGACAGAUCUUCGAGUUCAGUACCAGGCCAUUCUUCACCUACCGGCUCAGAGCCAUGCCACAGCCCACCUCCUGCUACUAGCCAACCAUGCCCACCUCCUGCUACUAGCCAACCUGCCCAGAGCAGCUCAUCUGCUAGCCAACCAUGCCCACCUCCUGCUACUAGCCAACCUGCCCAGAGCAGCUCAUCUGCUAGCCAACCAUGCCCACCUCCUGCUACUAGCCAACCCGCCCAGAGCAGCUCAUCUGCUAGCCAACCAUGCCCACCUGCUGCUACUAGCCAACCUGCCCAGAGCAGCUCAUCUGCUAGCCAACCAUGCCCACCUUCUGCUACUAGCCAACCUGCCCAGAGCAGCUCAUCUGCUAGCCAACCAUGCCCACCUUCUGCUACUAGCCAACCCGCCCAGAGCAGCUCAUCUGCUAGCCAGCCAUGCCAGACUGCACCAGCUACCCAAGAGUCUACACAGAGUGCUCCUACUACUGUAGAGAGCGCUGUACCUUGUACCGGAGGAAAUGCCGGUCCUAGUACCACAGAAAUUGUCGCACCAAAGAGUUCGGAUAGAAGCGUGUGUGGAACCUUAACGACUACCGUUAUUGUCACAACUUGCCCCGUCCGUACGGAUGGCCCAAGCGCUACGGCUGGGCCCGCCAGUACCGCUGGGUCUACUGCCAGCGUGUCGGGUGGCGCAUCUUCAAUAGCUGACAAAACCGCCGCCGCUGCCGCCGUGCCAACCGAUACCAUUUCAAGAUACACAAAGGGUACUACGGCGCAAACCGCUUCUACAAGCACCGGCUCAUUAUCCUCAAGCACCGGCUCAAGAUACACAAAGGCUACUGCGCACCCAGCUCCUUCUGGCAAGUUCUCUCUAGGGAACCCAGGCUCUAACUCAUCCCCACUAUCAUACUUUACAGGCGCUGCAGGCAGACUGCAUGGGAGUGGUACCUCUCUCGGAUCCAUUGUGGCUCUAUUCCUCUCCAUGCUCUUCCUCUGCUAA